AUGUUUUCAAGUAAACGUCUCAGAGUAAAUAUGUACAAUGCCAGGCGGUUUUGAACAGCAUAAGACCUUGACAGGCGAGGGGACAGCUGCUAAGGGCGUGCAAAUAAGAAAAAUUGUGCAGUGAUAUUGUGCAUUGUUCUACUUAAUAUUAACAUUUCAGUAAAUAGUGUGCAAGAUGGAAUUGGAACACGUGGUUUGUGUGAUUUGUAACGAAGACACUGACGAAAAAACUCUACGAUUUACAGAGACUAUGUUGAAUAAAAGUAAAUCAAUAUUGAAAAUAAGAAAAGACAAUAAUUUAAAAUUUAAAGAUAUUUCUUUGCCAGAGGAAAUUAACGCAAAUACUGGUUACCAUGUAAAAUUUUAUGAAAACUUUCUUGCUGUGAUGAAAAAAUAUCGCACAAGUGAAUCAUCAACUCCUUCAAAUCUACCAGCAUCAUCAUCAGAAAUGUCAUCGACAAACGUAGAAACAGUGACAGUAGCCCCUCCAAUAGCUACUGAAGAAAGCGGAGCAUCAACAUCUGCUGAAGUGCCCGUUACUAAAACUAGCCAUGCUGAUAGGCUAUGUGUGUUUUGUCGAAAUAAAUAUAAACGAGUGAAAGGGCGGUACCAACCUCUUCACUCGUCAGAAAGAGCAAGUUUGAUGCAAGUUUUGAAAGAAUUUGGCGAAAAUAAUGAAUUUUAUGAAAAAGUUAGCGCAGAUUUAAGCCCAUUGAUUUUUUAUCAUAAUAGCUGUCGAACAAUUGCCAUAUAUACUUUACAAGAACAAGCGAAGACAAAAUCACCACCGAAGAAGACUUGGAAAUAUUUUCAACCUGGCUUUUGA